GCUUCUUCCAAAGUCUCAGUCCAGGCAGGCUGCCAGCAUGGCGAAGGGUUUCUUCAUCAGCAAAAUUGUUGGAAUUGUUGGCAUCUUCGUAGGAGUGGCUGCGCUGUCCACCAUCAUCGCUCUGUCUGUCGUUUACGCACAGGAAAGAUCCAAAAACAACCAGGUGCAACCAACUGAUGGAGGAGAAACCACCACUAACCCCAUCACUACCACACCUACCCCGCCGAACGAUCCGUGGUACCAAUAUCGGUUGCCAAAAACUCUGGUACCAGACCACUACAAUGUAACUCUAUGGCCCCGACUGAAACCAGUUUCAACUGACUUUUACAUCUUUAAAGGUGAUUCAGUUGUGGAGUUUGAGUGUGUGGAAGAGACCGACCUCAUUCUUAUCCACUCUAACAAGCUGAACUACACAACGCUGUCAGAUGGGGCGAUCGCGAGACUCACAGCUGUCAACAGUGCCAGCGUGCCAUCUAUCAAGUCCUUCUGGCUGCAGACGGAGACCCAGUACCUGGUUCUGCAACUGGACGGUAAACUGGUGAAGGGCCAAAGGUACCACCUCUACACAGAGUUCACUGGAGAACUGGCGGAUGAUCUGGGAGGUUUCUACAGGAGUGUGUACCAAGAGAAUGGAGUCGAGAAGGUUAUUGCGACCACCCAGAUGCAGGCGACCGAUGCCAGGAAGGCUUUCCCCUGCUUCGACGAGCCGGCGCUGAAAGCCUAUUUCCACAUCACUCUGCUCCAUGAGUUGGGAACUGUGGCUCUGUCCAACGGCAAAGAAAUAGAAACCACAACCAUCAAUAAAGAAGGUGAAGAGGUGCUAAAGACCGUUUUUGAGCGCACUGAAAGGAUGUCCACCUACCUGCUGGCGUUCAUCGUCAGUGACUACGAUUAUAUUAACAGCACCAUCGACGGAGUUAAGAUUCGGAUCUAUGCCCGGAAGCCCGCCAUAGCUGCUGGCGAAGGAAACUACGCCCUCAAAAUAACCGGACCCAUCCUUAAAUUCUUUCAGGAGUACUACAACUCCACAUACCCGCUGCCCAAAUCUGAUCAGAUAGCCAUCCCUGAUUUUAAUGCGGGAGCCAUGGAGAACUGGGGUCUGAUCACAUACAGAGAGACGGCACUGCUGUAUGACGAGAAUUUCUCCUCCAACUCCAACAAGGAGAGGAUUGCCACCAUCAUAGCUCAUGAACUGGCCCACAUGUGGUUCGGCAACCUGGUCACUCUGCGCUGGUGGAAUGACCUGUGGCUGAACGAAGGCUUUGCAUCAUAUGUCGAGUACCUGGGAGCGGACACGGCUGAACCCACCUGGAAUGUGAAAGAUCUCAUCGUCCUUAGUGAUGUCCACAGAGUGUUUGCUGUCGAUGCUCUGGCAACGUCUCAUCCGCUGUCCUCCAAUGAAGAAGACAUCAAGAAACCAGCUCAGAUCAGUGAGCUUUUCGAUACCAUCUCAUACAGCAAGGGGGCCUCUGUCCUCAGGAUGCUGUCAGACUUCUUGACUGAAGAGAUUUUCACCAAAGGACUCCAGAGCUACCUGAAGGAGUUUGCUUUUGGAAACACCGUCUACACAGACCUGUGGAAGCAUCUGCAGAUGGCUGUGAACGCCAGUGCCGUCAACCUUCCUUCCAGUGUCAACGACAUCAUGAACACCUGGGUGCUGCAGAUGGGCUUCCCUGUGGUCACCAUAAAUACCGCCUCUGGCCUUGUGUCCCAGAAGCACUUCCUCCUGGAUCCAGACUCUGAAGUUACCACUCUAUCUCCUUUUAACUAUGAGUGGAUCGUUCCAAUCAAAUGGAUGAAGACUGGAACCGUCCAGAAACCCACGUGGCUGUCAGCAAAAUCAGAAACUAUUAACGACAUGAAGGUGACGGAGGCUUCUGACUGGGUGCUGGCCAACCUUGACGUGGUUGGUUACUACAGAGUCAACUAUGAUGAUAGCAACUGGAACAAACUACUAAACGCUCUGACGACCAACCACGGGGCCAUACCAGUGAUCAACAGAGCUCAGCUGGUGGAUGAUGCCUUUAACCUAGCCAGAGCCAAGAUCAUCCCAACGGUGCAGGCACUCCAAACCACCAUGUACCUGAAGAAUGAGAGGGAAUACAUGCCAUGGAAGUCUGCUCUGAACAACCUGGAUUUCUUCUACCUGAUGUUCGAUCGCAGCGAGGUGUAUGGACCCAUGCAGGAUUAUCUGAAGAAUCAGGUCGUCCCUCUGUUCGAGCACUACAAAAACAUAACAGAAAACUGGAGCAAGGUACCAUCGGGACACAUGGACCAGUAUAAUCAGGUGAAUGCCAUCAGCCUGGCCUGUAAGACUGGUCUGAAGGAAUGUCAGGAUCUGGUCCAAAAGUGGUUCCAAGAGUGGAUGACCACUGACAAGAACCCGGUCCACCCCAACCUGCGCUCCACUGUGUACUGUAAUGCCAUCGCAGCAGGGGGCGCCGCAGAGUGGGAAUUUGCCUGGAGGAAGUUCGAAAGCGCCACCAUCGCUAUAGAAGCUGAUAAACUGCGUGCUGCGCUGGCCUGUGCCUCACAGCCAUGGCUGCUGAACAGGUAUCUGGAGUACACUCUGGAUCCAAAAAAGAUCCGGAAGCAGGACGGCACCUCCACCAUCAUCUCCAUCGCCCAGAACGUGGUCGGUCAGCCUCUGGCGUGGGACUUCAUCAGGACUAACUGGGAUUACAUCUUCACUCAGUACGGUGGUGGAUCGUUCUCCUUCGCCAACCUCAUCAAUGGAGUCACAAAACGCUUCUCCACAGAGUUUGAACUUCAGCAGCUGAGGCAGUUCAAGGAGGAUAACGCCGAUGUAGGUUUCGGGUCCGGGACUCUGGCAGUGGAUCAGUCUAUCGAAAGAACCCAAGCCAACAUGAAAUGGAUCGUGGAGAACAGAAAAAAUGUUCUGGACUGGUUCACUAAUCCAGCUAAACAUGUGACAUAAACAUGAAAUCUUCUUAGUCCUAUUUAUUUAAUUAGAAAUGCCUUCUUCAUUAUGCCUUCCUCAUUUCUGGAGCAGAACCUUUUCUAUGGUCCAAUGAUUUUUUUUUUUUUUUUACACACUACAGUAGUUUUGAGUGUUCUGCAGCUCUAAUGUUUCCCACUGAAACAUAGUUGUUUAAUUUGGUUCAAGUUGAGAUUAAAAAUAUCAUUUUGGUUAAACUGAGAAGUACCUAUGAAACAUUAAAAACGUGACUCCUAAAGUUGGACAAGGAAUCAGUUAACAGUUGCUUUUGGUCCUUCCACUUUUACCAAAUGUUAUAAAACUAUUUCUAAAUUUGGUAUUAGGAGAGUGAGGCUUUGUACAUUUUCAUAAACACUAAUGAAUUUUCUUGUGUAUUUUUAGAGGAAUAAAUGUUAUGAAGGGGAUAAACUUCUAAUCAACAUAAUCUCAAAAGCUUCACUGUUUCAGAAAUACAUUUUUAAACAGAUUUAUGGUAUCGGUAGAUUAUUAUUAAAUGCAGGUUUUGUAUUUAUUAGGUUUGUUUUGGUAAUGACAGCUGUCUUUAAACAUCACACCAGCCUGAACCAGCAGUUGUUCCUAUUCUGUUGCUGCCUGUAUAGAAUCCAAUUAAAAUAUCUAAGUCGC